UCUGAGCAGCUCCUUCAAUUCCAUAAAAGUCCAUUUUUGAUAGCAAUAUAUCAUGAUUUACUCGGUCAAAAGCCUUACUCAGAUCACAAAAAAUUCCACCCGCUAUAUAUUUGUUGUUUAAAGCCCUAUAAAUAUUCUCCAUUAGAUUAUAAGUAGCUAAUGUAGUUGAAGAGUUUUUUCUAAAGCCGAAUUGCUCCUGCGUUAGCAGGUUAUGUGUAUUUAAGUGGAAAAUCAUUCUUUUAUAUAUAACUUUUUCAAAAAUUUUAGAAAAGAUUGGGAGUAAAGAUAUAGGUCUAUAAUUAGACAUGUCGGUUUUAUUCCCCUUUUUUGUGUAUGGGUAUUAUUUCAGAAUAUUUUAAUCGAGCAGGGAAUAUUCCUGUAGACAAUGACUUAUUAAAUAUGUAAGUUAAUGGUGAUGAUAUAUAUGGUGCACUUGCUUUUAUUAAUUUGGUAGUAAUUCCAUCAUAUCCACAAGCUGCUUUGAGUUUUAUAGAUCUUAUUAUCUCUUCUAUUUCAUUGCUGUUAGUUGCUUUUAAUACCAAUUUCUGAGAUGGUUUUGGAAAUGAAGUGUAUAAAUAAUCCAUGAACUUGAGGAUAGAUGGAAGAAUAAUAUGCACAUAACAGCAUAGCUCCAACCGCUCCAACCUUCCGAACAACAAAAUGGAGCGACACCUUGCCUACCUUCCUUUGACGAAGAGAAAAGUAAUCCGUAAGUGGACACAGAACAUGUAGUGGCGGUAAAUCUAUCUCUGCUGCAGAUGUUUAGCGCGUCAAGGGAAAGUAGUUCUGAAUCUUCAUUAUGGCUGCCUCAGUAAGGGCUAAAGUGCUUGGUAUUUUAAAUUUUCCCGAAAGCAUUACUUCAUAUUAUAAUGUGCACUUGUUAAAGUACAUAACUGGAAAUGUAAGACAUGUGAGAAGAUUUGGUGAUAGUACUAAUAGAGUUCCUGAAGUUGAAGUGCCAUUUUCGAAUGGAAGAAAUUUAACACUAUCUACAGGCAAGUUUGCCAGAUUUGCUGAUGGAUGUGCUGUUGCAGCUCUUGGUGAUACAUCUGUCAUGGUAACAACCGUGAGCAAAACAAAACCUUCACCAUCCUCAUUUAUUCCACUGGUAGUAGAUUAUAGACAAAAAGCUGCAGCUGCAGGAAGAAUUCCUACAAAUUUUUUGAGGAGAGAGUUGGGACCAACUGAAAAAGAGAUCCUGACAAGUAGGCUAAUAGACAGGUCAUUGAGACCAUUGUUUCCUGUUGGAUACAGUUAUGAGACACAAAUCAUGUGUAAUCUUCUUGCUGUUGAUGGGGUGAAUGAUCCAGAUGUUAUUAGUAUCAAUGCAGCCUCAGCAGCCCUGGCUUUAUCUGACAUACCUUGGAAUGGACCAGUUGGAGCAGUCAGAGUUGGCUUUAGUAACAAUGAAAUAGUAAUAAACCCUACGAGAAGAGAACUGUCACAAAGUAUCUUAAACUUAGUUGUAAGUGCUACACGUCACAACCUUGUAGUAAUGCUGGAAGCUGCAGCAGAGAAUAUUUUGCAACAGGAUUUCCUUAAAGCAAUCAGAGCUGGUGUAAAGGAGUGUCAGAAUGUUAUACAAGCUAUUCAGCAGCUUCAGAAACAUUAUGGUAAGGCUAAACGUGAAUUUGAGCCUCUGCAGGUACCAAGUGAAGCCGUUUUGGAAGCAAUAAGAAGUUUAAGUGAGAUGCGCCUAAGAGAAAUAUUCCGGGAUCAUACACAUGAUAAACUCUCAAGAGAUUUGGCAGUUUCUGCUGUAAGAACAGAUGUUGUUGAUAAAUUGAAACACAGCUUUGAUGAAGACGUUGAUAUAAACAGUGUGACUGAAUGUUUCAAUCGUGUUAGCAAAGAGACUUUCAGAUCUUUAGUAUUUGAAGACAACAUACGGUGUGAUGGUCGUAGUCUGGAAGAACUUCGGAACAUUUCCUGUCAAAUAGACCUGUACAAACCAUUACAUGGGUCAUCUCUGUUUCAACGAGGUCAAACUCAGGUGUUUUGUACUGUGGCCCUUGACUCUCCAGAGUCUGCCAUGAAGAUGGAUGCUGUAACUAUGCUUACAAGUGGACUGAAAGAGAAGAAUUUCUUCCUGCAUUAUGAGUUUCCGCCAUAUGCAACAAAGGAAAUUGGCCGUGUUGGUCCUGUAGGCAGAAGAGAACUUGGGCAUGGAGCUUUGGCAGAGAAAGGUUUGCGACCUGUUGUGUCGCGUGACUUCCCAUUUACUAUUAGACUUACAUCUGAAGUUCUGGAAUCUAAUGGGUCAUCUUCAAUGGCAACUGUAUGUGGAGGCAGCCUUGCCCUUAUGGAUGCAGGAGUUCCCAUAUCUAGUCCAGCAGCUGGUGUUGCAAUCGGUCUCAUUAGCCGUUAUACAGGCAGUGACACCAAGCACAUGGAGGAUUACAAGCUUCUUACCGAUAUCCUGGGCAUUGAGGACUACAUGGGUGACAUGGACUUCAAAUUAGCUGGUACUAAAAAAGGUAUCACAGCUCUUCAGGCUGAUAUCAAGAUUCCAGGACUUCCACUCAAAGUGGUCAUGGAGGCUGUUCAGCAAGCAACAGAUGCAAAAUCAAAAAUCAUUGACAUCAUGAAUGAGACUCUCAGUAAGACAAGGAAACAAAGAAAAGAAAAUUGGCCAGUAUCUGAACAAUUAGAAGUUCCUCCACAGAAACGUGCAAAAUUUUUAGGACUUGGUGGUAGCAACGUGAAACGUCUCUUGGUUGAAACUGGAGUUCAGGUGACACAAAUAGAAGAUUCCAUAUUCUCUGUGUUCGCUCCCAAUCAAGCAGCUAUGAAUGAAGCUAAAGAAUUGAUUGAUGAGUUUCUCACAACUGAACGGGAACCAGAAUUAGAGUUUGGUGCCAUUUAUACAGCAAAGAUUGUUGAAGUACGAGAUAUAGGUGUCAUGGUAACAUUGUUCCCUACAAUGACCCCAGCUUUACUGCACAAUUCCCAACUAGACCAGCGAAAGGUGAACCAUCCCAGUGCGUUAGGACUGGAGGUUGGAGAUGAGAUCCAAGUGAAGUAUUUUGGGCGAGAUCCUGUUUCAGGCCUCAUGCGUCUUUCCAGGAAAGUUCUCCAGGGCCCAUCCUCUGCAGUGGUCAGGAACCUUGGUGACAAAAGUUGUUCCAGCUGAUGUCUGUCGUUCUUUCACACACAAAGAAUUUAUAAUACUGUUUUAUAAAUAUUGGCUGUAAAACAUUGAAUUAAUAAAAUUGUGAUUUUUACUGCUAA